AUGCGCAGAAACAUUCUGACAUUCCUGGCCUGUUCAUGGCUCCUCGCAGCCCAUGCGGCCUCGGUCAAUCUCAAGUCUUUGCUUUUGGACAGCAACAUUCAAUGGGCAUCAGACACGGUUAUCAGCUUCCCAGAUACCCCUGACUUUGAAGAAGCUACAGUGAGGUGGAACAGUUACAACGCCCCGACAUACGCGGGUGCUAUCAGUCCGGCAGACGAGGAGGAUGUGGUCAAAGUUGUCAAACUCGCCAAAGAGCACAAUGUUCCAUUUCUCGCGACUGGCGGCCGCCAUGGCUGUACCGACAUGGUCGGGCUUCAAAACGGCCUCGCCAUUGACUUGAGCCAGAUCAACUCGUAUACGUUAGACAGCGAUGAUGCGACUAUAACUGUUGGUGCUGGAAGUACCUUUGGCCAAUUCCAGAAUGCUAUUUAUGAUGCUGGUUUUAUGAUCCAAAGCGGAUCCGUCACCUGCCCUGGCUUUAUUGGUAUAACACUUGGUGGCGGUAUUGGUCGUUAUACUGGUAUCUUCGGCUUGGAAAUCGAUGCCUUGGUUUCGGCUCGUAUCGUUACCGCGGAUGGGGAAGUUCUCACCAUAUCGGAAGCGGAGAAUGAGGAGCUGUUCUGGGGUGUUCGCGGUGCUGGAUUUAACUUCGGCAUUGUUAUAUCGGCUACAUAUAAACUGCACAGACUUGCUGAUAAUAAUAACGGGGAAAUCCUGACUGCCGACUUUAUUAUUCCUGCGAACAAGACUUUGUUUUACUUUGACUGGCUGGAAUCGCUUAGUGAGACGCUUCCCCUCCAUGCCGCUGGUGUAAGUCGGUUUCAAUUUGAUAGUACUACUAAGGAGGGCCAAAUCGGAGCAAACUGGGUGUUUAUUGGACCAGAAGACGAGGGCCGCGAAUUUUUAAGCCCCAUCCUAGAGCUCCAACCCUCCGUUUCCAUGCUCUCAUAUGUGCCGUGGAACAAGCUAAUCGAGACAGCCGGUGGAGGCCAGGGCGCCAUGCUUUGCGAGGCACGUGCACCCCGGAGUCUGUACACCGGUCAGAUGCGCAAAUACACGGCCUCGACCUUACAAGAGACAUUUGACAAGAUAACCACUCUCUGGGAGACUUAUCCCGGGCUUGCGCAUACGUCGCUCAACUUCGAGGCAUUUCCCAACCAUGCCGUCGCUGCCGUUCCUGAUGACGCGACUGCGUAUCCCUGGAGAGAUGCUAUUGGUUGGUUCCAAUUCGAAGUAAUCUCCCUGGACGGAGUCGGAAGCGACUCUUUCAACGCCGGGGAGCAAACCGGCCAAGCGCUUCGAGAUAGCUGGGUGCGGACUUCAGGUUACGAAAACCACACCAUCUAUGUCAACUAUGCUCGUGGCGAUGAGACUCUGGAACAAAAAUACGGCGCAAGCAAAUUGCCACGUUUGGCAGCGUUGAAAAAGCAGUAUGAUCCUGAUAAUGUCUUUGGGUGGAAUAAUGCUUUGCCUACUGAGUAUCCUGGUUCGGGGUGA